AUGCUUCUCGACGAGUCUCCCGCAUUUCUCAUACAUGAAACGAUCGGGAACUUCAACACACAACCCGAUAAGCUUGUACUAUGUCGAAUCAAUGACUCCCUCUCUAGACUCAACGAAGGUCGAGAAAAGCGGGUAAUGAAAGCUGAAAGCUCAUUGAAGAGACUUGCCCGGACCCUCACAACACUCAACAAUCACCAUCUCGAAACCCUUUCAUCGCAUUCUUCUACAGCUCACGCAUCCGAAAUCGCGACACUAGAUACUCAGAAGUUCCGUAUUGCGAAGACCGCCAACGAUCUAGAAAUCGAGUCGGAGCGCUUAUCAUCACAACUAGCAGACCUCCAGGCGCGAUUGCAAGAACUGGAAUUGCAAGGAGUAGAUGGGGGUGACAAUGCGCGACGGGGAUUAGUUGACGAUGAGCUCACACUGAGGCUCAAGCUUUACAGAGGAUUGGGCAUCGACUUGGAAAAGGACACGGAAUCUGGCGAAUACACGAAAGCUAUUAUUCGUAACGAAAAGAAGGGGGAUGUCAACGUUGUCAACUUGGACAAUAAGUUCUCGAGGUAUUUCUAUGCCAAUUAUUUCUGGCAGCAAUUGUAG